AAAAUCAAUAUAUCUUCACACCUUCCCCGCCAACAUCAACAGCAAGAAUCAAGAAAUCAAGAAUCAAACAUCCAUCUUGAAUUCUUGAUAUGGCCUUCUCCGCAACAAUCCCCACCUGUGAUAGCUCUCUUCUUCUCAAGAAAUACACCUUCAAUGGCCUCAAACACCACCCUAAACUUCAAUUUAACCACCUCAAGUUUCUAGUACCUAUGAAAAUGACUGCCGUCGCCGCCACCACCACCAGGGCAGUUUCAAUCUCCUCUUCGACGGCACAACCAAUUGAAACCACCCAAGAAUCUGUUUCCUUCUCACCAAAGAUUCCUCUCCCUGACUUUCCGUUUGAACAAUACAUGGCAGUAAAGGCAAAGAAUGUUAAUAAGGCACUAGACGAGGCAAUUCCUUUACAACAUCCAUUGAAAAUCCAUGAAGCAAUGAGAUAUUCUCUUCUCGCUGGCGGGAAGCGUGUCCGGCCAGUUCUAUGCAUCGCUGCUUGUGAAUUAGUAGGUGGAGAUGAAGCAACGGCUAUGCCAUCUGCAUGUGCAAUGGAAAUGAUACACACUAUGUCUUUAAUUCAUGACGAUCUCCCUUGCAUGGAUAAUGAUGAUCUUCGACGUGGAAAACCUACUAAUCAUAAAAUGUUUGACGAAGAAACUGCGAUUCUUGCUGGCGAUGCAUUGCUUUCUUUUGCAUUUGAACACGUAGCUAGAGCAACCAAGAACGUUUCACCUGAACGAGUGGUUCGUGCCAUAGCUGAGAUGGGAUCGGCUGUUGGGUCAGAAGGACUAGUAGCAGGACAAAUUGUUGACAUUUGUAGUGAGGGGAAAGAGAUAACUGUUAGAGAUUUGGAGUAUAUUCAUAUUCAUAAAACCGCUAAGCUUUUAGAAGCAGCAGUUGUUUGCGGUGCAAUUGUAGGCGGAGCAGAUGAUGAGAGCAUCGAAAGAGUGAGAAGAUAUGCAAGGUGUAUAGGGUUAUUAUUUCAAGUUGUUGAUGACAUUUUGGAUGUGACAAAGUCGUCAGAAGAACUCGGAAAGACUGCCGGAAAAGAUUUGAUAAGCGAUAAAGCAACUUACCCUAAGCUUUUGGGCAUUGAUGAGGCAAGAAAAUUAGCAGCAAAGUUGGUAGAUGAAGCUAAUCAAGAACUUGCUUAUUUUGAUUCUGCCAAGGCUGCUCCGUUAUACCAUUUUGCUAAUUACAUUGCUAGUAGACAAAAUUAAUUGUUUUUCGUUGUUGUUGACUUCUUGUUAUUAUUUAAUGGCUGCUAAUAAUGGUACUUUGAUUUGUAAUUAACAAAUGGAGAGAGGCUCUCUUUUUCAACAAUUUGGAAAAAUAAUAAACAAUACUGUUGGUGAACU